CGCUGAGGAGAAGCACGAAACGGACCCGUUGGCUUUCCCCCCUCCCUUUCCCCGCCCUGAACCCCCCUCCUGGCUCGCCGGGAAUUAGUCCCCGUGGAGUUUCGCCUCCACCUCGCUGCGGUUUCCUCGGCCCGGUGGAAGUCACUGCCCUCGAGGAGGAGGCAGCAGCGGCAGCCGCCCUCGCCUCGCCGCCCCCGGUUCGGUGCCCGCGGUCCCGGAGAGGAGGUGCCGCCGCCACCGCCGCUCCCCCCCUCCCGCUGCCCUCGGGCCGGGCUGGGUCGAGCUGCGAUGCCCUCGGACUUCAUCUCAUUGCUCAGCGCGGACCUAGACCUGGAAUCGCCCAAGUCCCUGUACUCGCGAGAUUCUCUGAAGUUACACCCAUCACAGAAUUUUCAUAGAGCUGGACUAUUGGAAGAAUCUGUCUAUGAUCUUCUCCCAAAGGAGUUACAGUUACCUCCAUCGAGAGAAACAUCUGUAGCAUCAAUGAGUCAGACAAGUGGUGGUGAGGCAGGCUCGCCUCCUCCAGCUGUAGUUGCUGCUGAUGCUUCUUCAGCUCCCUCCUCUUCCUCCAUGGGCGGUGCUUGCAGCUCCUUUACCACCUCUUCCAGCCCUACCAUUUAUUCUACCUCAGUCACCGACAGCAAGGCUAUGCAAGUGGAGAGCUGCUCCUCAGCCUUGGGGGUAAGUAACAGAGGGGUAAGUGAAAAGCAGUUAACCAGUAACACAGUUCAGCAGCAUCCAUCAACACCGAAGAGGCACACAGUCUUGUACAUCUCACCACCACCUGAGGACUUGCUGGAUAACAGUCGGAUGUCCUGCCAGGAUGAGGGGUGUGGAUUGGAAUCAGAGCAGAGCUGCAGUAUGUGGAUGGAGGAUUCCCCCUCCAACUUCAGUAACAUGAGCACCAGUUCCUACAAUGAUAACACUGAGGUACCUCGUAAAUCACGAAAACGAAAUCCAAAGCAGAGGCCGGGGGUCAAACGACGAGAUUGUGAAGAAUCUAAUAUGGAUAUAUUUGAUGCCGACAGUGCCAAAGCACCUCACUAUGUGCUUUCUCAGCUUACCACGGACAACAAAGGCAACUCAAAAGCAGGAAAUGGAACAUUGGAAAACCAAAAAGGCAGUGGAGUAAAGAAGAGCCCUAUGUUGUGUGGACAGUAUCCUGUUAAAAGUGAGGGAAAGGAGCUGAAGAUAGUUGUACAGCCUGAGACCCAGCACCGAGCUCGGUACCUGACGGAGGGUAGCCGUGGCUCAGUAAAGGAUAGAACACAGCAAGGCUUUCCUACAGUAAAGCUGGAGGGCCAUAAUGAGCCAGUAGUGUUGCAAGUGUUUGUGGGCAAUGACUCUGGUCGAGUGAAACCACAUGGAUUUUAUCAGGCCUGCAGGGUAACUGGGCGAAAUACAACUCCCUGUAAAGAGGUGGACAUUGAAGGCACUACUGUUAUAGAAGUUGGCCUUGAUCCAAGCAACAACAUGACAUUGGCGGUGGACUGCGUAGGGAUAUUGAAAUUGAGGAAUGCUGAUGUUGAAGCCAGAAUAGGAAUUGCUGGUUCCAAGAAAAAAAGCACUCGUGCAAGAUUGGUUUUUAGAGUUAAUAUCACAAGGAAAGAUGGCUCCACUUUGACACUGCAAACACCCUCCUCUCCGAUUUUAUGUACUCAGCCAGCAGGAGUGCCAGAAAUCUUAAAGAAAAGCUUGCAUAGCUGUUCAGUGAAAGGAGAGGAAGAAGUAUUUUUAAUCGGCAAGAACUUUCUGAAAGGAACUAAAGUUAUUUUCCAAGAAAAUAUUUCUGAUGAAAACUCUUGGAAGUCAGAAGCUGAAAUUGACAUGGAAUUAUUUCAUCAGAAUCAUCUUAUUGUGAAGGUUCCCCCAUAUCAUGACCAACAUAUAACUUUGCCAGUAUCCGUGGGAAUAUAUGUAGUGACCAAUGCUGGAAGAUCUCAUGAUGUUCAGCCAUUCACUUACACUCCAGACCCAGCAGCAGCUGGUGCUUUGAAUGUCAAUGUGAAGAAAGAAAUAUCUAGUCCUUCAAGACCUUGCUCUUUUGAAGAGGCCAUGAAAGCAAUGAAAACUACUGGUUGUAACUUAGAUAAGGUAAAUAUUCUUCCCAGUGCUCUGAUCACUCCACUCAUAUCAAGCAGUAUGAUUAAGAGUGAAGAUGUUACUCCAAUGGAAGUAACAGAAAAAAGAUCUUCCCCUAUUUUUAAGACUACAAAGACAGUUGGAUCAACUCAACAAACAUUAGAAAAUAUCUCUAACAUAGCAGGAAAUGGGUCUUUUUCAUCAUCAUCAUCUUCCCACUUACCUUCUGAAAAUGAAAAGCAGCAGCAGAUUCAGCCCAAGACCUACAACCCAGACACCCUGACAACUAUCCAGACACAAGACAUUUCACAGCCUGGUACCUUUCCAGCAGUUUCUGCUUCCAGUCAGCUGCCCAACAGUGAUGCACUACUGCAGCCGGCUACACCAUUUCAGACAAGAGACACUCAGUCCAGAGAAGUAUUACAAUCUGAUGGCACAGUGGUUAAUUUGUCACACCUGACUGAGUCAUCCCAGCAACAGCAGCAGUCACCACUACAAGAACAAGCACAGACUUUACAGCAGCAGAUGUCAUCAAAUAUUUUCCCAUCCCCAAACAGCGUGAGUCAGCUACAGAAUACGAUUCAGCAUUUGCAAGCCGGAAGUUUUACGGGCAGUACUGCUAGUGGCAGCAGUGGAAAUGUUGACUUGGUCCAGCAAGUUUUAGAGGCACAACAACAGUUAUCUUCAGUUUUGUUUUCUGCUCCAGAUGGUAAUGAGAAUGUUCAAGAACAGCUUAGCGCAGACAUUUUUCAACAAGUCAGUCAAAUUCAAAACAGCGUAAGCCCUGGAAUGUUCUCCUCAACAGAGCCAACAGUCCAUACUAGACCAGAUAAUUUAAUAGCUGGAAGAGCCGAAAGUGUUCACCCACAGAGCGAAAACACAUUAUCCAAUCAGCAACAGCAACAACAGCAGCAGCAAGUGAUGGAAUCAUCGGCUGCAAUGGUGAUGGAGAUGCAACAGAGUAUCUGUCAGGCAGCUGCCCAGAUUCAGUCGGAGUUAUUUCCUUCACCGGCUUCAGCAAAUGGAAACCUUCAGCAAUCUCCAGUUUACCAGCAGACCUCUCACAUGAUGAGCGCAUUAUCUACCAACGAAGACAUGCAAAUGCAGUGCGAAUUGUUCUCUUCUCCCCCUGCAGUUUCUGGAAAUGAAACUACUACAACCACCACGCAGCAGGUUGCCACCCCUGGCACUACCAUGUUUCAGACAUCAAGUUCAGGAGAUGGAGAAGAGACUGGAGCACAAGCCAAGCAGAUUCAGAACAGUGUCUUUCAGACCAUGGUCCAAAUGCAACAUAGUGGGGACAGUCAACCUCAAGUAAACCUUUUCUCAUCUACGAAAAGUAUGAUGGGUGUUCAGAAUAAUGGUACUCAGCAACAAGGUAAUGGUUUAUUCCAACAAAGUAAUGAGAUGAUGUCCCUCCAAUCUGGGAAUUUUUUGCAGCAGUCUUCUCAUUCACAGGCUCCACUUUUUCAUCCCCAAAAUCCUAUUGCUGAUGCUCAGAACCUUUCCCAGGAAACUCAAGGUUCUAUUUUUCAUAGCCCAAGUCCUAUUGUUCACAGUCAGACUUCUACAGCGUCCUCGGAACAAAUGCAGCCUCCGAUGUUUCACUCGCAAAGUACCAUGGCUGUGCUACAGGGCUCUUCUGUUCCUCAAGACCAGCAGUCAGCCAACAUAUUUCUUUCCCAGAGUCCAAUGAAUAAUCUUCAAAGUAACACCGUAGCCCAAGAAGAACAGAUUUCAUUUUUUGCAGCUCAGAACUCAAUUUCUCCACUUCAGUCCACAUCUAACACUGAGCAGCAAGCUGCUUUUCAACAGCAGGCUCCAAUAUCACACAUCCAGACCCCUAUGCUUUCCCAGGAACAGGCCCAACCCUCCCAGCAAGGUAUAUUUCAGCCUCAGGUGUCCCUGGGCUCCCUUCCUCCAAAUCCAAUGCCUCAAAACCAACAAGGAACAAUUUUCCAGUCACAGCACUCAAUGGUUGCUAUCCAGAGUAACUCUCCAUCCCAGGAACAGCAGCAGCAGCAACAGCAGCAGCAGCAGCAGCAGCAGCAACAACAACAGCAGAGCAUUUUAUUCAGCAAUCAGAACACCAUGGCUACAAUGGCAUCUCAGAAGCAGCCACCGCCAAACAUGAUAUUCAACCCAAGUCCAAACGCGCUGGCUAACCAGGAGCAACAGAAUCAGUCCAUCUUUCACCAACAAAAUAAUAUGGCCCCCAUGAACCAAGAGCAGCAGCCCAUGCAAUUUCAGAACCAGCCUACAGUUUCCUCUCUUCAGAACCCAGGUCCUACCCAGUCUGAGUCGCCACAGACUUCCUUGUUCCAUAGCUCUCCUCAGAUUCAGUUAGUCCAAGGGUCACCCAGUUCUCAAGAGCAGCAAGUAACACUGUUCCUCUCUCCAGCAUCCAUGUCUGCUUUGCAGACCAGUAUGAACCAACAAGACAUGCAGCAGUCUCCUCUUUAUUCCCCUCAGAACAACAUGCCUGGAAUCCAAGGAGCCACAUCUUCACCUCAACCACAGGCUACUUUAUUUCACAACACUACUGGAGGUACAAUGAACCAACUACAGAAUUCUCCUGGCUCAUCUCAACAGACUUCAGGAAUGUUCUUAUUUGGCAUUCAAAAUAACUGUAGUCAGCUUUUAACUUCUGGACCAGCUACAUUGCCAGAUCAGUUGAUGGCCAUAAGUCAGCCAGGCCAACCACAGAAUGAGGGCCAGCCACCUGUGACAACACUUCUUUCUCAGCAAAUGCCAGAGAGUUCUUCACUAACGUCCUCUAUAAACACCAACCAGAACAUUGAAAAGAUUGAUUUGCUUGUUUCAUUGCAAAACCAAGGGAACAACUUGACUGGCACCUUUUAACUGGAUAAAAAUUCCAUGAAGAAAAUUCUGAUUCCAAGAUGUCCUGAGAUCAUGUGAUUCCAUGAGGAUUUUUGAACUGUUACUUUAAAAACAAAACAAAGUAUGAAAAACUGUGAUUGAGUAAAUGGAUAGAUUUUACUCUUACUGCAAAGAAGCACACCUGUGCUGCCUGUUGCAGUGAUUAGCCACCGUUGUUAACAUCUUAAUAUUUUAUAUUCCUAAUAACAGUGAUGACUGAGAAUCUAUUUGAGUUUCCAGCUGACAGAAUUAAUUGUUGCUAUUUUCCUAGGCGCUAUUUCUUUGAAAGUAUAGUUCAAAUUCAAAAGCUGGACUGCUCAGUUAUUAUUGCUAUUAGAAAAUAGUUCAUAUUGUCAUGUUUACUUUUGUUCUUCAUUCAUAUUUUCUUACCUGCAUUGUUUUAGUCAAGUAAUGGCUUUUGAAAAAGGAAAGUUCAAAUAGUAACUAAAAGUAAGGCUGUGGUUUUCCAAUAUAAAAAGCACAGCUAUUGGCCAAAAUGAAGGAAUCUUUUUUCAGUUUUAUGGAGAAACUGAAGGGGUAACAUUCUGACAAGUUAACUGUAGUAAGAGCUCUACACAGAUAAGAGGCCUCUUUAUUACAAAGGCAGACAACACACAAUCUAGGAACAGCUGAAAUGCUACUGAUUUUAUUUUCCAGAGAGUUGUUCAUUCUCUGUGUUUCUAUUAAGGGUUUUAGCCAUACCUGAGUAGAGAAGAAUAAUUAUCUUGCUCUAUCAAAAAAAUGAAGGGGUUAAUACAUGGUAAAUUGUGUUCUGAUAUCCUCCUAUAGCAGUUAAAACUGACAGAGCAACUUCAGUCUGUUUUCUUCUUAUCCCCUUCUUGGACCGGUGUUCCCUUUUUAUGUUCAUUUUUAUUAUUCUCCCCCUCUUCUUCACUUUAUUUUAGACAAUUAGUAAUAUACUACGAGCUUUGUGACCCUGUAGCAACUUAAAGGGAAAGGCCGCUUUGGUCUGGGGUAACCCAGCAACUCCUGCAGCACAGGCAGGGUGGGGGGCCACUCUUUUAGGAGUGAGGGGAGCUGGUUCCUGAGAAACAAGAAACAAUGCAUUUUUUUCCCCAUGAACGGUGCUGUCCUGAAGUCUUCAAAUUUUUCCCUCUAAUAGGAAACAGUGUACAUUUUAAUUAAAAAAAAAAAAAGCAAACUAAAAUUUCUUGAAACAUCACUUCUCCCUAAACUGCAGUGAGUGUAAUUCACUUGUCACCUCAGUGCUUUACAGUUUGAAGUGGUCACUUAUCUGAUGGUUCCCACAAGCCUUAGGCUUUACAGGGUCAUAUCAUUGACGUAAAAUGAAGAAUUAACUUGUGUUACGUCUCUAGAGAGCAAAAUUACACACUCCAGAAUUUGCAGUUGCAGUUGUAGCAUUAGUUACACAGUUUUGGGUGUUCUUGCCACCCACGGGAUGCCUGCUUCUCACGACAACCUGUCGUUUGGGCACGUGCUUACGUCUCGUUUUCCUUUUGGCAUGUAGAAAGCUGUUUAUACAGUUUAAGGCCAAAUUGUGUGUGGCUUCUAUAUGUAGAUAAGAUGUUUUGGUAUUCAUGUCUGUUUCAUUUAUUUUUAUUAAGUGUACAAAAAAAAUAGCCUGUUAAUUAUUUGUUGAAGGCUACUUUUCUGUUGUGUUUUUUUUUUUUUAAUUUGUUUUCUAUCCUAUACAUUUAGUUGAACUUUGUGGAAUUGUGGUGUUGGUUUUGUUUAUAUAGCCAGAUUUUUUUCCCCCUUUUUGUGGUCCUCCUUAGUUCUUUGAAUGUGCUCUUCUCCUAAUUUGUUUUUUCUCUUUGUUCUUAUAUAUUCUUCCCUCCACCCUGACCCUUUCUUUCUUUCUCUCUCUGAUUGAGAGGCAUUGAAUUACGUUUUCAGUAGUACAGGCUUCUUGCCGAUAUGAAGGGAACUUUUCAGAAAGAGACCUACUCUGGGUCAUUUACUUUUGAAUACAGUUUUCAAUCGUUCAAGUUUUGGAUGGUUUAUAUCUAAUGUGUGUUUCAUUUUUUUGGAAAGCUAUAUUUUGUAUUUAGGAAAUGGUAUACUAUUUUGCUAUUUGUACUGAGUGAGUACAUUGGCAUAAAUAUAGAAAUUUAUAUAUAUACAUAUAUAUAAACUAUUCUUUUUUUGCCACACAUUUUUGUGGUAAAUUUGUGAGUUUGUCUGAUGUUCUACCACAACGUGGCGUCUGAUAACAGUGAGGGGGGGGUUUGUUAUGUCUUUAUUGAGUAUUUAAGUAUCUUUUGAAACAAAUGACCUGUUCAUCUGUGGCCAUUCCAUCAGGCAGUUCCUUGAUGUUAUUAGUGGGCUAAAGGCAGCUUACUGUGUGUUUGCUGGAUCUUUCACUCAGCAAAAUGUUAGAGUAAGGAAACCCAUCAGGCAAUUGUGUCAGAUGGUGUUUCAUGAGAAUGAGCCAUUCAGUCUUUGCUCACUAUAUAUUUAAUAUUUUAUUGUUGUUAUUGUUAUUAUUAAUUGGCUUUCUGUAUUCUAUGCCUUUUAUUUAUAAUAACACUAAAAAAAACCACAAACCAUGUUUGUAAUUUUAAUAACGUUUUCCCCAUCUUGUAAUAUCCAGAGCUACUUUAUAGAUUCUCUGAACCAAAAGCAUUUUCCUCAAUAGAUCAUCUCUCCCCACCGCAUCAGGGAAAAUUACCCAAUAUAGUUCAGGUUAUGAGAAGGACCAGCCACACAAUCCAGUGCUUCAGUUUUAACAUGUAAAACUCUAACUGCAGAGGUAUAAAGAGGUAUAAAGAGCUUACCCAGCAGGUAUAAAAAUAAGAAGUAGAAAUAAAAUACUGUAAGUUUAUUUCUGAGUUUUCUGACUUUUUUUCUAAGAGAUUACACAGGAGACUCAGGAAGUCUAUUUGCUCACCAAGUUUCAACUAGAAUGUUUCUUAGCACUGCUCUGUGGAUGAAGUGGUGGCAAGAAGACUGGCUUGUGUGCUGACUUCUGUUCUGUUGUUUCGCAAGAGGCUUAUCAUCGUAAAAUGCUGAUCGCCAAUGCCAAGUUACCAGGGACCAAUUUUCUGUUUUAUAGUAUCUAAGUUUAGAACAGAACAUACACCUGAACUGUAGUGGCUUGAUUGGAUGGAGGCAGAAAACCCAAAUUUUAUUUUCAUAAAUUUUGUGGUUAUUUAUACAAGGGCUGUGCUAUGCUACCACAUUCUUAUUCAAUAAUGAUGGAUAUUUUUUUUAACAUCGUUAAAUGUUCCCUACCCCUAAAGGUCACUGUUAAGUACAGCAUUCUGACUAUUUGGUUACAAAAGACAUUUGUCUUCUUACUGAAGAGUUAGCUCAGUGGUCAGUGGUUGAUACGUGUGCUAAUAAUACAAUUUCCAGAUUAAUGUUACAAAUAAUAGCGAUCUAUGAGAGAGACUCCAUGAGCCAGCAAAGGCCUUGGAAGCAACAAUUUAUUAAAUUUAUUUAUGGCAGAAGGACCUAAAUAAACUCUGAACCUUUUUUUAGUCCUUUAUAUUGUUAUAUUCAGUUGCUCUUGCUUUUAGCAAAUCACCUUAAUGCUUGGAGCUUAUCUUUCUGUGUGUGUGUGUAUGUGUGUGUUAUUCCUUAUUGUCAUUCCAUGAUAUAUCCACACCAACAGGGGAGAAGACAACUAGAAAUCAUAUUUGCCUCAGAGCUUUAUCAUGUUACCUUUGUAAUUAGAGCAACCAAUGCAAAUCAGUUUUUGCCAGACUCUCUGGAACAGGUUUUUAAAGGGCUUUAUUUAUUAUAAAAAGCAGAAUUAAUGAGGGACACCCCCCCCUUUCUUCCUUUCUUUUUGUGGUAAUUUUGUCUAUGCUGUAGUUGAGAAUUGCAUUAUAGUGCAUUUCUUAUCCAUCAGAACCUCAGUUAAUCUGCCUAGGAAAAAUAAUGUCAAAGCAAAUGAAAAAAGUUCUGAGUCCCCCUAGAACUAAAGUAAUAAUUCUUUUUGGCCAUCUAAACUGUUUUGGACACUUGUUUUAGAGGAGUGAAAUCUGUUUAGACAGAUCAAUAAUUAAAGACCAGAAUUAAAUGCUUUAAUAAUCAAAGUCUCAAAUUAAACGUGACUUAUGAAUCCUCACUAGGAGUAAUUUGAGAAUUAUUCAUCAUUCUGAUGAAAAUUUCUGUUCUAAGAUUUAUUAAUUUUUUUUCUAAUUAAUUGAAAACUUGAUGAGGUCUGUUAGCUUUAGUUUCAAAAAGUUUCAAAAAACUUUUUUGACAAAAAAGUUAUGACCACAGGCUUCAUCCCUAACCUGUACAGCCAUGUUCUGUCUGCACACCUUAUUUGGAGGGACUCCAUGAAGACAAAGACUGUAUAGUUCAGCAGCUCUAUUAGGAAAAAAACUCAGAGCACAUUCCCUACUAAGUUAGGUAUAUCCAUAUUAAAAAGAGGUUUUCUCCUCCGCUUAUUUGUGUCACUAGAGCUAAAUCGUGGACAUAAUGUUCACAAUGCAGUAAAUAUCAGAGUAAUUCCUAUAGCAUCAUUUGUGAAUUGCCUCAGUACUCUAAUUAAUUCUUUAAUUCCCAUUUAUUUUCAUGCCAUUCUAGCCUCAUUCAUUAAUAAAAUUCUAUUUUUACUCCACUAUCUCUCUCAGAAAAAAAUUUUUAAUUAAUAUUUUAUAUCUAGACUAAAUGCAUAUGGAAAAGUGCCUUUCUACCAUAAUAGUGCCCCUUUCUUGUAAUUUCAUUUUUCACUAUUGCCAAAAACAAAUAAAUUAUUUCAGUAGGCCCCAUCUUUCAAUUAUUUCAUUUAGCAUUCUUUUCUCCAUUUUU